UGAAAUGCAACAGUUAAUUGUACUUUCUUUUAGUUAAAUUUCCAAAGCCAACGAGGCAACAUCCCAACUCUGAGACCAUGAAAUCACUACAACUAGUAGCUUUAAGUAUACUAACAGUAUUUAGCCGCAACACCAAUGGAGAUUAUUAUACAUCCAUAACAAGUUUAGGUGACCUGUUGCAGAUGGAAAUUCGCGUAACUUCAAAUUUUGAGAAAUAUAUGGAAGCCAUGGAGGAAAUCAGUCGUCAAGUGAAUGAUACACUAAAACAUUUGGAGCGUUUUGUCCAAGAUGCCGGUGAAGACCUUGAAGAUUACUAUGGUAACCCGUUGAACGCAUAUAAAAUAAUUAAUCGAUUUGUAUUAGAUUGGCAGAAUUUAAAUAAGACUAUAUUCGACGAGAGGCCCGCACAAGCUUAUCUGCAAAAUCAAACAAUGCUUCUUGAAGAGGGGUAUUCUGCGCCAACCAACGAGGAUUUGUUGGGCGCAAGCAAAGGUCUAGCAAGACUGCAACGCACCUACCGACAAGAGACCGUCGACGUGGCUGAGGGUGACCUAAUGGGAUUCAACUUUUCUGAAAAUUUUACAGCCAGUGAAUGCUAUUGGCUGGGCAGUAACUUAUAUGAGGCGGGCGAAUAUAAAUAUGCAGCUGAGUGGCUUAUACAGGCGCGUGUGCGUUUGGCUCAGCAAUUGAAGGCUUCAAAUGGCACAAGCGAAGUGGCGGAGGUUACCGAUGUACAUGUGCUGGCAUUUCUGGCGGCAUCGAUGUAUUAUUUAGGAAAGGGCAAGUUAGCGCUGCACUUCAACGAUGAACUCUUGAUCCAAGAUCCUUUGAAUAGCCACGGAUUAGAAAGCAGAGCACGAUACUCGGAGAGAGCGUUUGAUGAUCGACAUGGUCGACCAGUCGAAACUUUGGACAUUACAAUGUCAAAGCGCUUCGAGUUGGACAGCCUUUUCGAUUCCGUAUGCAACGGUGAUCUGCAGCAAACACCUGGCGAAAAACGUGAUCUUCGUUGUCGUUAUGUGCAUAAUAAUGUACCCUUUUGCUUCAUAGCACCUUUUAGGAAGGAAGAGCUUAGUCAGGAUCCACCAGUCGCCUACUAUCACGAAGUCAUUUACGAUAGUGAAAUCGAACGUAUACUCAAUGAAACCGAACACAAUGUGCAACGUUCAAUGGUCGACAAUGGAACUUUCUCAGAUGUGCGAACAAGUCAGAAUACUUGGAUCGAUUUUGAAGAGCACAGUUUUCUAAAUAAUCUCGCACAACGUUUAAGAGACAUAACGGGCUUAAUUUUGGAAACUGCCGAGCUAUUGCAAGUGGCCAAUUACGGUAUUGGAGGCCAUUAUGGCGCGCACUAUGAUUUUGCGGAGGAAACAGGUGAUGUUUUUGAUGGAAGGGGCAAUCGCCUUUUAACUGCAUUAUUUUAUAUCAAUGAUGUGGAACUUGGUGGUGCCACGGCAUUUCCCUAUCUCCGCUUGGCUGUACCCCCCAUAAAGCGUAGCAUGGUCGUUUGGUAUAAUAUGCAUGAAUCGCUUGAGCUGGACUAUCGUACGAAACAUGGAGGCUGUCCCGUAUUAGUGGGCUCAAAGUGGAUUUGCAACGAAUGGUUUCAUGAAGCUCAUCAAGAAUUUACUAGGCCUUGCGGUUUAGAAAGAGAUGGAUAUAAAUCCUUAAAAUUCAAAGACUUAUAUUAAAUACAAUACAAACU